AUGACAGCGGUCCAGCGGUUGGAGCCACUCUUGACGAAGCAAGCCGUGGCCGCGUACUCGAGUCACACCCUCGACCUCGCCGUAAAGUGCAUUGCGGCCUUGCCCGCCGAGACGAGCGCCGUCGUCGCCGAAGUCCAAAAAUUACGUUACGUCCUCGCCGGCCCAAUGCAGCUCGACAUGGCGUCGCCCAUGAUGCAAACACCGAAUGUGCUACCGCCGGCGUCGUGGCCGAUGGCCGCUGCAGCACGACAUGGCGUCCCCGGCUCCGACAGCGCGGUCGUCACGUCGGAUCUUUGCGGACCGAUCACGCCGUCUGACCGUUUUGGCAACUGGUACAUUGUCAACUACACAGACCACGCCUCCGGCUACGUCCAGACGUACGCGAUCACGAAGGAAAAUCACCAAGAGAGCACAACGCGCGAUUCCAUCCCGUUUUUCGAGCGCCAAUUCAAGGUCACGGUCACAGGGCUUCGGCCGGACCGGGGGGAGUACUCGUCCAAGACACUCACGCAACCGCGCCCGUCCAAGGCCAACGCGCACAACAAUAGCCCGCUCGAGAUCCUCACCGGCUUCAAGCCGGCUGUCAGUCACGUCCUCGCAUUUGGCAAGAAGAAGGGCAUCGAAGUACGCGGUGUCACCGGACGCAUCCUCGGCAUCAACACGGAGGCCAAGCCUACGAUGGUUGUCUACCGCGUCGUGAAGUCGCGCCACGUGCAGAACAUGAGCCCUUCGGUGCCCAAGAACGUGCAAGGACUGCAGCUCAAGGACGACAUGACGCUCGAGCACCCGACGCCACCCAAAUCCCGACGACACGACGAUCUCGCAAGGCAUCAAAAUGGGCUCUUGUGCGACCUCCCUGAUGUCUUGAUACUAUCCUGAAG